AUGGCGUCUCCAGAGGUGCCAAGAGUGACUUCCCCGUCAUCGAAUCGCAUAAAGCUACACGACAAUAGCGCCGUCGCCGCCCGGAGGCAAGUUCUGAACUCGAGCACCAAGGGCUGGUCACCGCUCACGAUCAACAAACGUCCCGGCUCCAAUUCCGGCAGCCCUUUAAUCCCACAGGGGACGGGCGAGUCGACGUCGUCUGCCCAAGGCGGCGGGACACGGCGCACCUCCGGCUCGUUCCGGCACAUGGCGACAAACAGCCUCGUCGCCAACUCACCAUUCAAGAACCUCACCACCCGUGAGGGUCAGCUGUCGAACGGCAUCGAUGUGUCCCCCAGCCGUGUGAUCCACGAGCGGCGCACGCCCAACCGCGCCUUAGGACAGGCCCCAACUACCGCCCAGGGGAGCGGCGCCACCCCUCGCAAUGUCAUCGGGCUCGGCAUCAGUGCCAAGCGGCCCGCCGUGAAUGGUACCCGCCGCGUCUCGAGCGAACGGAAGACGUCUGGCGAACGCAAGGUCUCGGCCCGGAGGACAAGUGCCGAGCGCAGAGUCUCCGGCAGCAAAGAGAACGAGAGCCCGCCAUCCAUGCCCAAGAAGAAGAAGAAGCUCCCACGGCAGAGUAUGGCGUACAAAGCACUCGUCGAGAACGAGUAUGUCACGCAUUCGCCGUUCGUCGAGCGACGGAGCAACUCGGGGUCCUCACAACAGGAGGAGCUACAAGAGGUGAUGGCCUCGCCCCCGCAGCGUCGCCGAGUUUCGAGUGGCGCUCGCCGCGCAUCCCCUAGCAAGAACUUAGCUGCCGGUCGCACGUCCAUGUCCCCUUCAUCGUCGCCCAGUCUCUCUCAAAAUGCCGUCGUUCUUCCAUCACCACUACCCGACGACCGGGCAGCGCACAGCACCCCCACCUCGUCGGCCACGCCGAGCCGCACACCGACCAAGUCGUCUCUCGCGUCCGCGUCCAAGCGUCUCCUUGGUCCUCGCCAAUACGGCCAGGAGUCUCCAACUCGUAAGACCGUCACGUUCCAGCACGUGCCCGAGGUCAAGGAGUAUGAUGUGCCGAGCGCCGACACGUCUCUCAACGACUCGUACGUCUACGAGCAUGACCAGGACGACGACUGGACCGAUGAGGCCGAGCACGAGGACGACUGGAUGCGCACCGUCGUCAACAACGAUAAUUCGCUCGACGAGGAGAACAUCGGUGACGAGUCGGCCACGGCCGACUUUAUGGACGAGAUCUUUGGCGACAACACAGCUGACGAUGUGAUGGACGGCGAGACGCCCGUGUUCGCGGACCAUGACAGGUUCGAAAUCCCCAUGGAGCAGUCGUUCGACCAGCAAGACGCCGGCACUCCCCUCUUCGAGUACCAUGACCUCUCGAUUGACGAUGUGCCGCCCUCGCCGAAGCACCUGCACACCUUCACGCCACACCUCAACCCGGGCAAGCAGCCAGACCUCCCGCACAACGAGGACCACACCAUGCUGCUCAACGCCGAUGCACACCAGCCGGCCACGGGGGCGCGUCACGAGGACUCGCCCGGUCCGCAUGCACACCAGGAGGGCCCGCUGUUCGACCCCUUCCUCACAAUCCAGACCGCGACCGAGGUCAUGAUUGAGACGACGGAGCGCGCUGAGGACGGCGUGCCACUCGGCCGCACCUCGCACCACGAGCGAAUGCAGGCGCGUCGCGUCCUCGCGACACAGUCGUUAGGCCUAGGUUACCCUGGUACCCUCCCCAAGGCUGGGUCACCUCUGCGGCUGCGCCCAGACUCAGACUCGGAUGACUCGCCCAACAUCCCCUUCAAAGCACUGCCGACUGAGCGUGAGACUGAAGGCGACGACGUCUUUGGCGCUGUCAUUGCGAGCCCUGCUGUCAAGGCGGAACCGGCCCGUAAAGUCUCCAGCACCCCGCGGCAGCGCCGCAUCUCCAACCGCCAGAUCUCCGACGUACCCGAGCUUCAGGGCACCAGUCGCCGCAUGGCCCAGUUUAAGGCGACCAAGAGCACGCCGAAUAAUAAGGAGUCUGAGACGCCUAAGCGCGGACUGCCUCGUCCCCCGGCUCCGGCUCCGGCUUUCAUCGACGUCCCAAGCCCGGUGCAUUACAAGGACCAUGAUCCCGAGUCGGAGAGCGAGGACGAGGCGGAGGUCUCCUCUGCCGACGAAGUGAGAAACGCCGCCUCGGCGUACCUUGAUCUCGACUACGCGCUGCCGAGCGUCAGCUCGUCUCCACUCAUGAUAGAGGUCUCGGACGUUGAGGAGGCACCGCGGCCCCGCGUGUCCGACAUUGCGCCGCAGUUACCCCUCCCAGUGUCGUCCUACGCUCCCCAGCUCGAGUCGCCCUCAUUCGAGGAGACUCAGUUAGAGAUUGACGUAGACUCGAGCAGCCCAGGUGAAGACAUGGACGAACCGCUUACCCCGCCUCGCCGCCCACGCGACGAGCGUGAAGAGCGCGAAGAGAGCCCCCGCAUUCCGUCAUUCGACUUGGGCGACUUAUCCAUCGACAUGCCUGAGUCCGAGCUCUCAAUCGAGAGCGACGCAACUCUUGAGGCGCCCAAGCUCACGACGUUUGUCACAUCGCCGUCGCCGUCUCCGGCGCCACACACCCCGACGGGCACGACCUUCUCGACCGGCUAUACCAACAGCCCAGGCUUUAGCCCUUCGGCACUGACGAACACCAACGCAUCUGCUUCUCCAUGGACGGGCCGUGACUCGCCAGCCCUUGACACGCCACCGCGAGUGACCGCCCCUCUGUUUACCCAGUCGCGCCGUGCUGCUUCCCCCAUCGCAACGCCCCCCCGCACCCCCGGUUCGCCAGCGACGCCGUCGCGCACCGGAGCCUCCUCGCCACACUCCUCGCCAUAUCGGCACUCUAUCAGCGGCCCGCUCACGCCAUCCCGCGUGACGUCGCCCUUGGCUUCGCCGCCAGUCAACGCACCACGUGCGAUGGAGUUUGGACCUGCGCCAACCCGGGACGCCGCCGAGGCCAGCACCAACACGCUCGUGCGGCAGCGUAUUUCGCGAGAGGCCAUCCGUAAGAACGUUGACAAGCGCAUGGCUGCUGCGGCUGAGCUCACGAGCCCGCGCCCGGGAUCUGGGUCUUGGUCUCCUGAUUCACCGACUUCCAAGGGCUUCCCGUCUUCUAUCGCCCGGACCCCGGCAAGCCCUGUUGCGUCUCCAUCGAGAAUCUCAUUCGCUCCGCCCACGCCUGCGUACGCGCGGCACAGGCGUGGCGGGUCGACCUCGUCACUUGACAGCGAAGCUUCUAGGCCGUCAUUGAGACCAGUGUCGGCGCCUCCCGGACAGCUAUUGAGCGCUCGUUCACCAAGUGCGCUUUCGCGGCUUCAGAACGCCGAAGACGACAGCCCACGCUCGGCGCUCGAACGUAUCGCAGCGUCGUUUGGCGGGGACUCGGACUCUGACUCGGACCACGAGUCGUCAGUCUCGCAGGUCAGAGUCUCCACCGUGCGCACGUACGACUCGCCCAGUAAGAUGGCACGGCCCGUCAGUAUUCUCAGCAAGCCCGAGCCUUCAUACCCACCUCCAGCGCCAAGCUCUGGCUCCAUUGUCAACACGGCCAUCUCGACUGCCAAGCCCCGCAAGGCAAGAAGACGAAGUGCCAGCCUAGGAGAGAUCGAGGCCUCGCCUGCCCCAGCACGAGAGCGCCACCCGACGCGGACAAAGAAGACGCCGCGCGUGUCACUCGGUCUUGGGCACAGCGCGUUCGUGAUGGAAUCGGUGCGACAGGAGCUCGACCAAAUAGGUUCGCAGAGAUCGUACCGCGUGCGUGAGAACCACCGCGUUGUGCGGGCGACGUAUACGGACGGAUUACGACCACAGGAGGGUGACCUCGAGGACGGUAGCCAGAGAGUGUGGCGUCCAGCGACUCAGCCUGACCCGGAACUGAGAGCAUUCAAGGAACGAACCACGAGCGCGACAUCCGAGGCCACCGUUGAGGAGGAGGCCAAGACGCUCGUCUUCGUCAAGGUGUUAGGUAUCGAGGCGCUCAACAUGCCCCUGCCCAACGAAACGACCUUUUUCACCAUCCGCGUGUCCAAUGGCGUCGACACAAUACUUACGCCGUACGUGCAGCUCGAGAACGGCGCGGUCAUCCACAGGGAAUACUGCCUGACCGAGCUCGAGAACUCGGAGUUCAGCCUGUCGAUGGAGGUGCGGAAGGACGUCCACGUCGUCGCCCUCGAGCGCGCGCUCAAGGCCCCUGUCAUCGAGCCCGCACGGCUCGCGCCUCCACCGCCACCGCAGCCGGCGCGCGCCGAGUCACCUGUCUCGAGCAUGGCCUCUCGUAGCGGUUUCCGCGCCUUCUUCUCUUCUCCCCGAAAGGCCAAGCACCAGCGAUCGCAGUCGAGCCUCCCCUCGCUUCCCACCCAAAAGCCCGUGCAAAAGCCUGCGCCUCAGCCUGCUGCGCCACCAAGGCCUCGCCCCGAAACGCUGGCCAACUACCUGGGCGGUGAGGGCAACAAGGUUCUCGGUAAGACGCAUAUUGCGAUCGAGCCCAUCGCCAGCCAGUGCGAGGGCAAGGUCCUCGAAAUCCGCUACCCCAUGUUCGGGAUGUAUAAGAACCAGCCGUCUCCCGACGGGCCCGUACGGAAACAAGUGGCCAAGAUCACAGUGCAGAUCCUCCGCAUCCCAGCGCUGCAUGGGUUGGCCAUCUCGGAGCUCCCAGGCUCGAUUGACGAGACGCUCAAGGGCCUACGCAACCACCUGUGGCACCAGCACAUUUACCACGAGAGCACGCUUACGCAGCUUGGUGGUGACUGUCGUACUCCCCGGCGCCGGGUGCUACGUUUGGUUGGAGGGAACUUGUACGGUAUCAACGAGGUCACGAGGAAGGAGGUGGCGAGCAUCGACCUGACCCAGGCGAUCGAUGUCGUCGACUUGAACGCAAGUACACGAGACGACUACGACCCGUAUAGUACGAGGCCGCGGUCGUUUGAGAUCCGGUUCAAGGACGGCGAGAGGAUCUCCUUCUCGGCCGACAAGGACCAGGACAAGCUGAUUUGGAUGGACGCUCUGCGCGACCUCGUCGGCCGCGUGCCACCCAACCCACUCUGGGCCCGCGUGUACCGCCAGUACGAGCAGGAGCAGCUUCGGCAACGACUCAAGUUGGGCGGGCCCAGAAUGAGCGGGCCCAGAAAGAGCAGCGGGCACACCCGCGCGGUCAGCGGCGCAUAG